GCAAGUUCACGUAUCGCUUUGGAAAAGACUUUGCCGAGAAUAGUGAAGCAACUCAAACCUGAGCAGAUCUACAAGAAAGGCAGCCCAGUAGCACUUGAAAUUGAACUUGACCAUGAAGCGACUGAGGUAGCUUGGUUCAAAGAUGGCCAACCCCUUCAGAAAAUGCCGAAGUUCUCGACAGAAAUGGAUGGAGCAGUAUGUAGGCUAAAAAUUGAUAAGGCAAACGUCAGCGACUCAGGAGUAUAUGUGGUCGUUGCGAAUGGGGUUCAGAGCACCACCAACUUAAGCAUCACUGAUAUACCUCAGUUCAAGAAGAGUGUACCUGCCGAAGUGAGUAUCAAGAAGAACGAGGACAUUUCCAUAAGAGUUCCAUUCAACUGUCCAACCAAGCCGUCUGUAGUGUUGUUAAAGAACGGAGAGCCUCUGAAGGAUGUUGAAGAAUUCCUGGAAGUUAGCGAAAAGGAGAUUUGUUUCCGUAAGAACAAUGCAGAGGUAGCUGAUGCUGGAGAGUACACGAUAGUGAUUACUAAUGAGCUUGGAGAAGAUAGGAAAACGUUGGCUGUGCAAAUCAACGACGUACCACAACAGCCAACAAAUCUUACUUUGGACAGAAAUGACCAAAAUAAGAUCUUGUUGAAAUGGGAUUGUCCAAGUGAUGAUGUUAUCGAGUACUUGGUUGAAAAGAAAGAGCAAAACCGUCGCACUUACCAAAAAUUAGCAAAGGUUCCUGGAAGUAAAGGAUCGUAUGAACUCGAAGCGGACGAAUCACUUGCCGGAUGUUCGUUCAGAGUGACGGCUAUCAAUAAAUAUGGAGCUAGCGCACCGAGUGAAAUCACGAAUAAUGCUGAAAUAGCUGCAUCCGUAGUACCACAGAUCACAGAAGCUCCCACGAUAUCGGAAGUGACUACUGAUGGCUGUGCUUUGACAUGGUCAAAGCCAGAAAUAAAUGGAGGAUCUAAUAUCUCUGGAUACGAUGUAUUUGCUCGAAAAGAAGGAGGGAAAUGGGAAAAGGUGAAUGACAAAGAGAUACAUGAUGAGCACUACGCUGUGAAAAAUCUGCAGCAGGGAGCCAAUUACGAAUUCAAAGUGGAAGCAUACAAUAACGAGGGGCAGUGUUCCAACUCGGAAGUGGUCUCAGCCCCUAUUCGACUCCCAGAAUUAGAUCUCCCCAAGACUACCCCAUCGAUUCCGCAAAUUACUGUCACUGGACCGGACAGUGUUACUGUAGACUGGAAGACACCUGAGGACGAACUAUCCCCAUCAUUUACCGUAGCCUACAAAUCCGAAGGCUCGAGUGUUUGGACAGAGUUGAUGUUCUUAGCGGACCAAGCUUUUUAG